GCUGGAGGAGGUGGCUCUGGAGCGGGAGGUCCCCGCCCAGCGGGACGAUGACUGCCCAGUCUCUGCCUGGCCUCCCCACAGAGCUGGCCUCCGUCUCAGUCUCAGCCAGACAUGUCCAGCCUCCAGGCACUAUGCUCCGGCCUGCCACUGCAGCCCCUCCCGGAGAACCCGGGCCGCUGGGCUGGGGUGCCCCACGCACCGGUCAGGACCCCCGGCCUCAGCCCCGCGGAGGAGCAGUUGGCGCUGAGGAAUGCCCUGCGCUACUUCCCCCUGGAUGUCCAGGAGCUACUGGCCCCUGAGUUUGCCCAGGAGCUGCGACUGUAUGGGCAUAUCUACAUGUACCGGUUCUGCCCUGCCAUGAAAAUGAGGGCCUACCCGAUCGGGCAGUACCCCUGCCGGACGAGAGCUGCUGCAGCCAUCAUGCACAUGAUCAUGAACAACCUGGACCCUGCCGUGGCCCAGUUUCCCCAGGAGCUCGUGACCUAUGGAGGAAAUGGGCAGGUGUUCAGCAACUGGGCUCAGUUCUGGCUGACAAUGUCCUACUUGUCGCAGAUGACAGAGGAGCAGACCCUGGUCAUGUAUAGUGGACACCCACUGGGCCUCUUCCCGAGCAGCCCCCAGGCCCCCCGGCUGGUCGUCACUAAUGGGAUGGUCAUUCCCAACUACUCCUCCAGGACAGAGUAUGAGAAGCUCUUUGCUGUGGGAGUUACAAUGUAAGUCCUGUCUC